AUGGGCCUGAGCGACGACAAGGAUCGCAUUGUGAUAAACGUGGGAGGGAUCAGACAUCAGACAUACCGCAGCACUCUGCGCACCCUGCCCGGCACCCGCUUGUCCUGGCUGGCCGAGCCUGAUGCCCCCAGCCACUUUGACUAUGAUGCCAAGAUCGAGGAGUUUUUCUUCGACCGCCACCCUGGCGUGUUUGCACACAUCCUCAAUUACUACAGGACAGGUAAGCUGCACUGCCCCGCCGAUGUCUGCGGGCCCCUCUACGAGGAGGAGCUGGCCUUCUGGGGCAUCGACGAGACAGACGUGGAGCCAUGCUGCUGGAUGACAUAUCGCCAGCACCGGGAGGCAGAGGAGGCCCUUGAUAGUUUCGGCGGGGGUGGGCUGUUGGACCUGGGGAGCGAGGAUCCUGAGCCGGAGCAGGAGCACGGCGAGGAUGAUGUGGAUGAGAUGACAAGGAGGCUGGCGCAGGGGGACGCUCAUCACACCAGGAGUGGGAACCUAUGGAGCCGGUGGCAGAAACACGUCUGGGCCCUGUUUGAGGACCCGUACUCCUCUAAAUAUGCAAGGUGGGUAGCUCUGGCCUCGCUGUUCUUUAUCCUGGUGUCCAUCACCACCUUCUGUCUGGAGACCCACGAGGCCUUCAACCCCAUUAUCAACCGCACUGAGCUGGAGCUGGUGGGCAACAUCACCGUGGUGCACACCUACCAGGAGACGGAGACUGCGGCCUACCUCACCUACAUAGAGGGUGUUUGUGUGGUGUGGUUCACUUUCGAGUUUCUAAUGCGAAUAACUUUCUGUCCAAAUAAGUUUGACUUCAUUCGGAACGCCCUGAACAUCAUCGACUUUGUGGCCAUCCUGCCCUUCUACCUGGAGGUGGGCCUCAGCGGGCUCUCCUCCAAGGCAGCUAAGGACGUGCUAGGUUUCCUGAGAGUAGUCCGCUUCGUGCGGAUCCUGCGUAUCUUCAAGCUGACACGGCACUUUGUGGGGCUCAGGGUGCUGGGCCACACACUGAGAGCCAGCACCAACGAGUUCCUGCUCCUCAUCAUCUUCCUCGCCCUUGGUGUUCUCAUCUUUGCGACCAUGAUCUACUACGCUGAACGGAUAGGAGCCAACCCCAACGACCCUCGAGCCAGUGACCACACACACUUCAAGAACAUCCCAAUUGGAUUCUGGUGGGCUGUGGUGACCAUGACGACCCUUGGCUACGGAGACAUGUUCCCCCAGACGACCUCCGGUAUGCUGGUGGGAGCCCUGUGUGCCCUGGCGGGCGUGCUGACCAUUGCCAUGCCCGUCCCUGUGAUUGUCAACAACUUUGGAAUGUAUUACUCGCUGGCCAUGGCAAAACAGAAACUACCAAAGAAAAAAAAUAGGCAUAUACCACGAGCUCCCCAACCCGGUUCUCCUAACUUCUGUAAGUCGAGCAUCAGCUCCCAGCCCCAGAGCCCCAUCGCCCAUGACGACGACGUUUUCGAGAUAAAGUUUCAAGACUCCAAGCUGAACGGUGAGGCGGCUAACGCAGCGCUGGCCAACGAAGACUGCCCCCACAUUGACCAGGCGAUAUCUCCGGAGGAAAUCUUCAGUCCCAGCGAGCGAGAGCGGCCCUGCUUCCUGGUCACGACUGCUGAACGCCCCAACCACACAGGGGGCAGAGUGAGGAGGGAGACCCAGCGACAGCACCGGAGCAGACAACCAACAGAGUCAGUUUGUGUUAUGAACCAUGGUGUGCCAACCACUAUGUGUAUGACUCAUAACGGCCCAUCACCCACCUGAGAGUGCUGUAGCUAUGUUGUGUGUAUUACUUAGUAUUUUUAAAUGGGUGUGACAGUGACAACCUGUACAUCACAAACUCAGCAUAGAUGUAGCACUGGGGAAAGUUUUGUUGUCAAGCCUUAUAUAGCUCAGUAUCUGGUUACUGUGUUGUAAUUUUGUGUGCCUAAUUUGUGUGUGCCAGUGCUGUAAAUACGCUUUUUUUGUGUGCUGAAGCUGUGUGUACCAAUGUUUUUGAGUGAUCAUCCGAUAUCUGUGUGCUUCUUCUUCUGUUGAAAGAAAAAAAAAUGUUGCUCCGAUUCAAACCCCACCCUCUCCCGCACCACAAAAACACCAACACCAAACACCAACACACAUACACAAACACACACACUGUCCCAAACAACCUGUCAUAUUGUUAACUUUGCACUGUCAUGGUCACAUCUUUGUAGACUUUUUUGCACUGUUUUGCACCAGUGACCUUUUCUUAACAGUCCUUUUCUAAGUUCUCAGGCAUCAGAGAGAUAACAUCCACAAACAAAUGUAAAGAAUACCAUCAUAUUUUCAACAAAAACAAAAAUCCCUUCUCUUACAUUGUAUUAAUGAGGCAUUUAUAUGACAGAGUGACAUUGAGAAUUGGCUGAGACUUUUGUUUGGCUAAACAAAUGACCAAUACAUAUUCAGCUUUCAUUGAAUGUUGAAGAAUGUCCGUUUAUUGCUGUACUACAAUUAACCAAGUCAUUUCACAGCCCAUAAUUAUUCUGUAGUACGUUUUAAUUGACAAUCUUGUAGAAUUGGACUUUUAUAAUUUUUCUGCACAAAUCCAAAUUCGUGUAUUAGUGUGUAACUAAUGCCAACACCUCAUACGCCUCUCACCCUGGACAAGUGCCUAUGUUAUGCAAAUUAUUCUCACCAUUCAGGAGUUACUCAACCAACAUGAUGAACCUAAAUGUGAGUUCUAUUUCAAACUAACCAUACUGUCACCAGCCAUUCAAACCAGUUCAGUACUCGAAAAGUACACAGGAUAUAAUGGGAGUCCCCGUGUGGGUCAGUUUCUAAAGGCAAAGCAGUGAGCAUACCCAGAUAAAGAUUCGGGCACAGAUUCAUUGUCUGUGUAGAAAAGUUGAGAGUGAUGAGGGACCAACUUUUUACCAAACCACUGCGGAAACACUGCCAACUAUUCGCUGAGACCUGCGUGCAGUCAGGUUACAGCAGAUCUGGAGCUGAG